AUGGGCGCGCCGCUGGCCGUGCCGGGCGAGGGCGAGUACGCGCGGCUAUCGCUUCAAGCCUCUUCAAUCAAUCAAUUUGAUGCCAAAAGCAUGCUGGAGAAGCUACGGAACAGAAGAGUAGUAUUUGUUGGUGAUUCGAUUGGAAGGAACCAAUGGGAGUCUCUACUUUGUAUGCUCUCUACUGCUGUUCAUAACAAGAGUUCAAUCUAUGAAGUUAAUGGGAGUCCCAUCACAAAGCACAUGGGGUUCUUGAUUUUCAACUUUAGAGACUACAACUGCACUGUGGAAUACUACAGAUCCCCUUUUAUAGUUGCUCCAGCUGGAGCCCCUGAGAUUGUUAAGUACACAAUUCGAGUGGAUGCCAUGGAUUGGAUGUCUGACCGGGGUAAGUGGAAGGAUGCUGAUGUAUUGAUCUUCAACACUGGGCACUGGUGGAACAAUGAGAAAACAAUAAGGGGGGGUGCCUACUUCCAAGAAGGCGAUGAGGUGAAAAUGGAUAUGACUGUUACAGAUGCUUACCGAAGAUCAAUACAUACAUUGUCCGAUUGGCUUCACUGAGAAGUUAACACAAGCAAGACCCAUGUCAUCUAUCGUACAUAUGCUCCUGUGAAUUUCAGAGGUGGUGACUGGAAGACUGGACGGAGCUGUCACUUGGAAACUCUUCCAGAUUUGACUCCACCCGAAUCGCUGGAAGAAUGGGAUGAUCUGCUUAAACCUGUGAAUGAUGUUCUAGGGAACAAUCUGAGACCCAAGCUUUCUGGUUUAGAUAUGCUGAAUGUGACGCAGAUGACAGCUCAGCGGAAAGACGGCCACCUCUCGGUAUACCUAAGCCCUUCAGGACCCGUCCCUCGCUACAAACAGGAUUGCAGCCACUGGUGCCUGCCAGGUGUCCCGGAUACCUGGAAUGAGCUUCUAUACGCCCUCGUCAUGAAAAGGCAUACGAAGACGGAUCAGAAUCUUUCCUUUUCUGGCACUAUAACCCCGAACACUGGCUGA